GCCCUCUCCCUCCUCCACCGCUGCCGCCUCCUUCUUCUGCCGCUCCUGGUGCUGCUUGUGUGCUCGUUUGGUGCGGACCUGGUACCUCUUUUGUGAAGCGGCAGCUGAGGAGACUCCGGCGCUCGCCAUGGCCGACGAAAAGCCCAAGGAAGGAGUCAAGACUGAGAACAACGAUCAUAUUAAUUUGAAGGUGGCGGGGCAGGAUGGUUCUGUGGUGCAGUUUAAGAUUAAGAGGCAUACACCACUUAGUAAACUAAUGAAAGCCUAUUGUGAACGACAGGGUUUGUCAAUGAGGCAGAUCAGAUUCCGAUUUGACGGGCAGCCAAUCAAUGAAACAGACACACCUGCACAGUUGGAAAUGGGGGAUGAAGAUACAAUUGAUGUGUUCCAGCAGCAGACAGGAGGUGUCUACUAAAAAGGGAACCUGCUACUUUACUCCAGAACUCUGUUCCUCCAGACCAAGAAGACAUUCUCAAUUAGAAAACUGCAAUUUGGUUUCAACACAUCUGACUACUACAGUAUAGUUUUCUCUAUUCUUUCAUUUUCCCCUUCCCCAUUCCUUUAUUAUUGUACAUAAAGUAACGGAUGUAUGUGCACAAGCAUUUGCAUUUUUUUUUUUUAACUAAAUGGCCAAUGGUAUGUUUUGAUCUACAUCAAAUGGAGAUGGGAUGGGGAAAAAAUACUGGUUCUGUGAAAACACCCCCUUUCUCCAUUAGUGGCAUGCUCAUCCAGCUCUUAUCUUUAUAUUCCAGUAAGUUAUUUUGCUCUCACUGUUUAACAAAAAAGAACAACAUAAAAAUUCUUGCAUACCUUGUUUGAUUGGAGAAUUUUAAUGUUUUUCAUUUAUCAUUGUAAAACCAAGGACAAUUUUAUAACUUUUUUGUACGUAGCUGUUACAUGUAGGGCAAUCUGUCUUUAAGUAGGGAUAAAUUACUCUAAAAAAAUGAAUCCUAGAUAGUUUUCCCUUCAAGUCAAGUGUCUUGUUGUUUAAAUAAACUUCUUGUUUAAAAUGAAAAAAAAAAAA